AUGGGGAAACUUCAUCUGCUAGCUCUGCUUCUUCCUGUACUUCUUGGGUUACCUCUGUUGUACAUCUGUGAGAUACUAUGGCUGAGGCCAGAGAGGAUAAGAAAGAAACUAAGGAAGCAAGGUGUGAGGGGUCCCAGGCCUACUUUGCUCUAUGGCAACACCCAGGAGAUAAAGAGGAUCCGACAAGAGGCAUUGCCUGCGCAGAAGCAAGACACCAGUAACUACAUGUCCACCCUCUUUCCUCAGUUCAUGAUCUGGAGGGAAACAUAUGGGUCGGUAUUCCUCUACUCAACAGGAGCUGUGGAGAUUCUGUAUGUUUCUGACCCUGGCAUGGUCAAGGACAUGAGCCACUGCACAUCAUCUGAGCUCGGAAAGCCUAUUUUUAUACAGAAAUCUCGCAAACCACUCUUCGGUGAAGGCAUCUUGGUGGCAAAUGGCAAUAUAUGGGCCUAUCAGAGAAAGAUCAUUGCACAAGAGUUCUUCAUGGAGAAGAUUAAGGUCAUGAUAGAACUAAUAGUGGAGGCUUCUGCCCCACUGCUAGAAGCAUGGGAUAGUAUGCUUGACGGCACGGGAGGGAGUAGAGAGAUAGAUGUGGAUGGUUAUUUGCGGAGUUUUUCGGCGGAUGUAAUCGCCAGGGCAUGUUUUGGCAGCAAUUUCGCAACAGGGGAAGAAAUAUUCUACAAGCUCAGGCAGCUUCAGAAGGCGAUUUCUCAGCAAGAUGCACUUGUUGGAUUAUCCGCAGUGUGGAAGAGUUUGCCGACCAAGGCCAAUCGAGAGAUACAAAAGCUGGAGCAAGAAGUUCGGUUACUCAUCCUGAAUGUCGCAAAGGAACACAGCCGUGGCAGCAGCAGCGAACACGACGAUUGCAUAAAGACUAAACACAAUGGCCUUCUCCGCUCGAUUGUCAAUAGUGCUCGCCAUUGUCCGGCCAGCUUCCGUGGCAGCGCCGAGGACUACAUCGUCGACAACUGCAAGAGCAUCUACUUUGCUGGGCACGAGACUACAGCCGUCACCGUCACCUGGUGCCUGAUGUUGCUGGCCACACACCCGGCGUGGCAGGACCGUGCCCGUGCCGAGGCUCUAGAGGUGUGCCGUGGAGGCACAGAGCUCGACGUCGACGUCCUCCGGCGGCUGAAAACGAUCACCAUGGUGAUCCAGGAGACUCUCCGGCUGUACCCUCCGGGGUCAUUGAUUAUGCGCGAAGCGCUGAAGGACUUCAAGCUCGGUGGGCUCGACAUCCCACGGGGGACGAUCAUCCAGAUAGCCAUAGCAAUGCUGCACCUCGACAAGGAUGUUUGGGGCCAGGACGCCGGUGAGUUCCGGCCUGAUCGGUUUGCGAACGGCGCCGCUGCGGCGUGCGAGCCGUCACACAUGUACCUGCCGUUUGGGCACGGGCCCAGAAUUUGUGCUGGGCAGAACCUGGCGAUGAUGGAGCUGAAGGUGGUGCUCGUGCGCCUGCUGAGCAAGUUCGCCUUCGCACCGUCGCCCGGGUACCGGCACGCGCCGUUGUUCCGGCUCACCGUCGAGCCUGGGUUCGGCAUGCCUCUUGUCGUCACGAAGCUUCCAUGA